AUGAUCUUCGAACCGGCAGUGCGGACUCAGCUCCCCACAAAGGACCUAUUGUCUUGGAUCUUUGAUGAGCCGGACUAUGAUCAAGACCAGCCAAUUUAUGUAGAUGUGCACAACCCCUCGCGGUCAAUCUCCUGCAAUCAGGCGCGGAAGAUAGUUCGUCAGCUCAUUGCCGGCUUACGAGCAUCUGGUUUGCAAAAAGGCGAUUGCGUCCUUAUUCAUUCAUUCAAUGAUAUCAACUACAGCAUGCUCGUGUUGGCCAUCAUCGGAGCCGGGGGAAUCUUCACCGGAUCCAAUCCGUCGUAUACUCCGCACGAGCUCGCGCACCACAUCAAGGCCUCCGAAGCCAAGUUUCUUUUCUCGGAGCCUGAGAUCGUAGAUUCGCUCCUGCGUGCGGCGGGGGAGAGGGGCGUGUCUGAGAAGAAUGUCUGGAUUUUUGACAAUCUAAACCAACCCAUUCCAAAGGGAAUGCGAUCGUGGAAACAGCUUCUGACAGUUGGUGAGGAAGAUUGGGUCCGAUUCGACGAUUUGAAGACAGCCUCAACAACUACUGCGGCAAGGCUGUUCAGCAGUGGCACCACUGGGUUGCCUAAGGCCGUGACAAUUACGCACUACAAUCUUGCUGCGCAGCAUGAGCUUGUUAUCGGAGUGAAUCCGCGUCCUUUCCCAACCACGCGAGUCAUUGCUGUGCCUCUUUUCCAUGCAUCUGCAGCUCCAGUGUCGCAUAUCUCAACACUGAAAGCAGGCCAGAUGGCAUACAUGCUGCGUCGUUUCGACCUCCAGACGUACCUCGACACAGUUGAUAAGUACAAUGUCACUGAUCUUGCGAUGGUUCCACCUAUUGUGAUUGCGAUUCUUAUGUCUCCUCUUUCCCAAAAGAAACCUUACCUCAAAAAGACCAAAGCGGCCGCCUGCGGUGCUGCACCUUUGGAUAAGAAUGUGCAAGCCCGAUUCCGCUCACUGAUGGGCGAUGAUAGCCCUUUCACUCAAGUCUGGGGCAUGACUGAAACAUCAUGUGUUGCGACCAUGUUCCCUUACCCCGAGCAUGACGAUACAGGUUCUGUGGGCCGACUUAUCCCAAACCUGGAAGCUAAACUCAUCGACGAAGAAGGCAACAACAUCUCCGCCUGGGGUGUCCGCGGCGAGCUGUGCGUCCGAGGCCCUACAAUUACACCUGGAUAUUACAACAACCCCGAGGCCAACGCCGACUCCUUCGACUCCGAAGGCUGGUUCAAGACAGGCGACAUCGCCUACUGUGACGAAAGUACUCGGAAAUGGUACAUCGUGGAUCGCCGAAAGGAGCUGAUCAAAGUGCGUGGCUUCCAGGUUGCGCCGCCUGAGAUCGAGGCUGUGCUCUUGUCGCACCCGAAGAUCGUUGAUGCGGCGGUCAUUGGAAUCACCUUCCCUGGCUCUGAUAUUGAGUACCCGCGUGCCUAUGUGGUUCGUCGCCCGGGCGAGUCGGGGCCCGAUAUCACGGAGGCUGAGGUUCAGGAGUUCGUGUUGAGUCGGCUUUCGAAAUAUAAAGCGCUCACGGGGGGUGUGAAGUUUGUUGACUCGAUCGCACGGAAUCCCAGUGGGAAGAUCUUGAAGAGGCUUUUGCGCGAAGAAGCGAAAAAGGAAAUUGCGGAUGGGGUUCUGAAGGCUAGACUCUGA